GUUAUUAGUGUCACCACAUAAUCUUCAUUUUGGUGUCAGCAAACAUUUGGAGCUUGUUGUCGGCGUGUGUCGGUUCAUUCAUUCAGGAUAGAAACUCCGUCCCACGGCUGUACCUAGACAGAGCACACCGCGACGAUUUCCACCUUACUGCUGUGAGACUUUUAUUCAGUCAUAGUUUGAGCAGAAAUGACGGUCGGAUUAACUUUGUCAGUGUUGUAAUAAGCGUUACAGCAGAACAGAAAGGGGAAGACUAUCCAGCGAUCAGUGCCAACAUCAGUGAUACUUCCUCACUCUCAUCCGCCUCCUCAGCUGCGAUCCAGUCCGACAGGGCAGAUUUGUGGUGGAAGAUAAUCAGACUGACUGACCUUUGAGGACAGCUGGUGUACCUACAACUGUCAAACAACAUGCUGAGAUUUUGGAAAUUUGGGAGGUGAGAAAGUGAAGCUGGAAGUGGCAGCAGUGCCUGUCCAGAGACACGAUGCAUCAGUCAGACAAUGUAAGACAGAACUGUCUGCCUUCAAGCCCUCAGGACGCCGAACUUACGAGACUGGAUCCUUCAUUGUCUGUUGACUCGCAAAAAGACUCCUCCACAAUGGUUUUGUCCUCACUACACUCCUCGAGGCUGAAGUAUGUGUCUCUCGGGGUGCUGGUGUUGCAGACAACCUCACUGGUGCUCACCAUGCGCUACUCCCGUACCUUGAAGGACGAUGGCCCCCGCUACCUGGCCUCGACGGCCGUGGUGUCAGCAGAGGUGCUUAAGAUCUUCGCCUGCAGCCUUCUCGUCCUAAUGGAAAACAAUUUCAGUGUGCGGGCAAUGAACCAGCUGCUGAAGGAGGAGAUUGUGAAAAGACCUGCUGAGACCAUGAAGUUGGCCAUUCCUGCAGGGAUCUACACACUGCAGAACAAUCUGCUCUAUGUUGCCUUAUCCAACCUGGACGCUGCCACCUAUCAGGUCACGUACCAGCUGAAGAUUCUCACCACUGCACUGUUUUCUGUCUCCAUGCUGGGGAGGAGGUUAGGCUUAUACCAGUGGCUCUCGCUGCUCAUCCUCAUGGCUGGAGUCACUCUUGUGCAGUGGCCCACAGAGUCUGAAGGUGACUCUGAGCAGAAGAUCCUGUCUGCAGGCUCCCAGUUUGUGGGAUUGAUGGCUGUGCUGAUGGCCUGUGUGUCGAGUGGCUUCGCUGGAGUUUACUUUGAAAAAAUCCUCAAGGGAACUAAACAGAGUGUGUGGGUCAGAAACAUACAGCUGGGUUUGUUUGGCUUUGUGUUUGGCCUUGUAGGAAUGUUAGUCUAUGACGGCCAGAGAGUGAAGCAGUCUGGAAUAUUUCAAGGCUACAAUACGAUCACCUGCACAGUUGUUGUCUUACAGGCGCUGGGCGGGUUGGUCAUAGCAGUGGUCAUUAAAUAUGCAGACAACAUCCUCAAAGGAUUCGCUACCUCUCUGUCCAUCAUCACGUCUGCACUUAUUUCAUAUUUCCUGUUGGAGGACUUUAACCCCACCAGUAUAUUUUUCUUAGGGUCAAUGCUGGUCAUUGCUGCUACAUUUCUUUAUGGCUACGAGUGCAAACCUCCCAGCAGUAGCACCAUCAAGGUAUAAACAGAGAGCUCUGUGAACAUGCAGAAGCGACGGCUGGAAUCUAACAUUGUUGGAGUGGGACUGUGACAAUAAGUUGUUGCUCCAAUUAAUAAUGUGGAAAAAGUGGAAGUGUGAAAACCUGUUACUGCCAAACAGCUGCAGCUGGACACUGAUCGUUCCCCAUCGCUCCUCUGGCAAAAUGCAGCUUUGCACAAAAGAUGGGGUUUUUAAGGUUUUUCUUAUUAAAUACUAACAGGAGUACAAUGGAGAUAACUUGACAGGCAUUGUUGUUAUUAAGCUAACAUACUCUGUGUAUGUAUUAUCCCAUGGGAAUGUAAUGCCUGUGUUUUAAAGGAACAAGAAGAAGAGGGAAAUAUUUUAAAAAUCUGUAUUUUAUAUUUCAGUAUUUGAAUUUUGUAUUUAUCUCUUAUGACAUAUGGGAAAAAGGGGUAUAAAGGGGUAUAAAACAUGGUGCAUGCCUCAACGAGAGGAAAAUCCUUGACAGAGAUUCCAUCUAGUGGUGAAAUGAGGAUCAAACUUGCUGCAAAGAGGAGGGGUUACCUCUUUUCAAAGAUGCUGAAUGUCCUUUUUUAUGUGAGAUGAGAUAAGAUUGGAUAUGACUGCUUCGACCUUGCUGCGCAGUCUAUGUAUUUAUAUCAAAAACACAUAUUUUAUUGUUAUUUAAAUGCAAAAUAAAGGUCUUUAUGUAAGAACAAAUGAAUAAAUUAAAGCAUCUUUCAUGCUGAAACAACCAGCUUUGCCUUGAUCUUUUUGCUUACUUCAAAGUGAAAUGAAAGGAUAAAUCAGAGCUGUAAGUGUGUGUGUGUGAGCAUUAUCCUCUCACACUCUCACACAGAUACUAAUCCAUACACACAGCUAGGCACACCCAUGAAUAUUUUGAACUGUUUUUUUUUUCUGUUCCAGUUGCAGUGCACUCAGAAACACCAAACCAGUCUCUAUAGCAACAGAUGGCUGAAUGAGCUGCUGUGCCGCGACAAAUGUACACACACUGAAUUGAUAUAACCUAUUUUAACCUCUUUGAGUAUUUUACAUGGUAGUAACAGCAUUUUUUUUAUUCAACAAUCUCCCUGACAAUUAAAAAGAAAUUGAGGCAGAUGAGCAAAAACAACACAUUGUUCCUAUUUUGUCCAUUGUUCUCCAACUGUUUGGAGAUAAUCUUUGCAUAGUUGUGGAUUUCAGAGCAAAUUAGUAUAUUUGGAUUGAGAUAGUGUGUGUGUGAUGAGGUGGACAGAGAAGGAAGAAAACAAGCAGGCAGAUGGGAAGGUGAAGCGUGAACCUGGAGCGAAGCACAGAUGGAGGAUGAGUCAUGUGAUUUGUACGUGGAGUGGCAGGCAGGGACUUGGACUGAGCCCAGUAUGAGCCACUGGACAGACCACAAUCAUGACACAGGAAGGCCUUCAUCUGUGAUUAUCUGCUGGAAUUUACUGUGGAACAAUGUGCGUCAAUGAUAUGAAGAGAAACUGUGAUAUGACCUCAUACAACCAGUGUUAAAAAAUGGCACUAAUUCAAAGGAAUCCUUUUGAAAAUGUAGUCUGGUUUAAUUUUACACCAAGGAAACUAUUAAAAGUACAUUUAGAUUCCCUGAUUGCAGGAAUAUUUAUGUAACUUUGUAAUGCAACAUGGUCUGAUUAGUGGCGCAUCAAAUCUACCUUAGGUCUGAGUGCAAUUGGGCCCCAUUCCAACUAUGAUAUGUGGCGUGGACUGCACUCACCCCCUUGUUUUAAAAUGUGUUGUAUGGCACUAUUCCAAGUCAUUUAAAAAGCAUAGCUGACAUUACUUAUUUAAUGUGGUAACAGGUCCAGUUCAUCACUCUGAUAGUUUGUCACCCGUCUGAAUACAAUAUCACUAUGGAGGCGAGUGAGUUGUAAAUAUGUUGGUGUAUUAGCAAAACCCCAGAGAAAACUACAGCAGAUUUGUUUUUCUUCCAGACUUUUAUGUAAGGUGGGUGCUCUUAAUACAAUCUGACUGAUGCAUGAGUUAAUCUUAAACUAAAAAGAUUCAUAUAAUACUUUUUUUUUUUUAAUCUU